GGAAUGAUCCAUGCCCAUCUUCCUCCCCGAUCUCCUCUCUCUGUCUGUCUCUGUCUCUGUCUCUCACGGUGGUUCUCUCUCUCUGCUCUGGGGCUGGCCUGCGGUUUCCCGUCCAAAAGCAAAGCAGAAUCGCUGGGGAAAUUUAAUCGAAUCCAAAUAGAUUUCGCGACGCAAAGAUAGGGAUUGAGAGAGGGAUCUCGCGUCCACAAGUGAUCUCCAAUUGAGAAUUUUUGAGCUCUAGUUGGGCGGAAUUAGAUUUGGGGAAUGGCGGGGCAGAACGCGGGUGUUGAUCUGUUCGAUUCAUAUUUCCGGCGAGCAGAUUUGGAUGGUGACGGUCAGAUCAGUGGUGCUGAAGCCGUUGCUUUCUUCCAAGGUUCCGGCCUGCCCAAGCAAGUUCUUGCCCAGGUGUGGAUGUAUGCUGACCAGAGAAAAGCUGGAUACCUUGGCCGACAAGAAUUCUAUAAUGCUCUCAAACUUGUUACUGUGGCUCAAAGUAAACGGGACCUGACCCCUGAUUUAGUGAGGGCUGCAUUGUAUGGUGCGGCAUCUUCUAAAAUCCCAGCUCCUCAGAUUAAUCUUGCUGCCACACCUGCUCCUAAAGCGGCAGCCCCUGUUUCACAGUUUGUUGGCUCAACAUCAGCUGUAUCUCAGAAUGCUGGGAUCAGACCAGCUCAGCUGCCUGCAAAUGCACAGAUGAACCGGCAAUACUUCCCAUCUCAGCAAAACCAGUUUAUGAGACCACAGCAGGGCGUGCCUCCCAACUCUAUGUCCCACCAACAACAGCCUGUUCCUGGCCAAGGUAUUACUACCCCGCCUGCCGCUCGCCCAUUAGUUUCAGGUAACUCAACCAAUUGGCUAAGUGGAAGCACGGGUGCGCCAACAUCUCUAACUCCAAAUCGUGGGACCACUUCUAGUGCAAGACAAGAUGGAGUCAUGUUAUCAGCUUCUGGGAUGACAACCUCUGUUCAACCUAGACCACUGGUGCCCACUGGGCAGUUACCUUCUUCUCAACCACAAUAUCAAGGCACAGCCACAUUCUCGAAGCCACCUGUAUCUAUAGAGCCUAAAGCAAUGAACGUUUCGGAGAAUGGAUUUAAGAUCUCUUCAUCAUCUUCCUCUUCUGCCAACAGCUCUGGUGUUUCUUCAGCGAUAAUGUCUUCUGCCGAAUCCCUGUCUUCAGUUAAGCCAAGUGCCGUUGAAUCGUCGCCGAAUAAUGUUUCUCAGCAAGUUGUUGGUGGUCAGCAAACAGGAAAACCAAACCAAACAGUUUCAGGUCAAGUUACUAAUGCACGUCCCUUGGGCGUGUUUCCUGUUGCAGCAGGAAAUGUGGGUUCUGGUCAAUCGCACAAUGCCUGGCCAAGGAUGAUCCAAGCUGAUAUCCAGAAGUAUUUGAAAGUGUUUCUACAAGUAGAUACAGAUAGAGAUGGAAAGAUCACUGGUGAACAGGCACGCAAUCUCUUCUUAAGCUGGAGGCUUCCAAGAGAGGUCUUGAAACAGGUCUGGGAUUUAUCUGAUCAAGACAAUGAUAGCAUGCUUUCUGCAAAGGAGUUUUGUGUUGCACUCUAUUUGAUGGAACGAUAUAGAGAAGGUCGUCCUCUUCCUGUUAGCCUUCCAAGCUCGGUCAUUUCUGAUGAAGCUCUGUUGUCUGCUACUAGCCGCCCUGCUGCUUCCCAUGCUGGUGGCGCUUGGGGACCUGGCCCUGGUCCUCGACAACCACAAGUGAUGCCUGGUGCGCGUCCAACGCAUGCUGGCGCACCAAGGCCACCACGCCCACCCUCUGCUCCUCAUGCUGAAGAAAAACAGCCUACUCAGCCAAAGCCCAAAGUUCCAGUGCUGGAAAAGCAUCUUGUGGAUCAACUUAGCCAAGAGGAGCAGGACUCUUUGAACUCGAAAUUCCAAGAGGCAUAUCAGGCAGAUAAAAAGGUUGAAGAGCUGGAAAAGGAAAUUUCAGAAUCCAGACAGAAGAUUGACUUCUAUCGUGCUAAGAUGCAAGAACUGAUUUUAUAUAAGAGCCGCUGUGAUAAUCGCCUUAACGAGGUCAUAGAAAGGGUGGCUGCAGAUAAACACGAGGUUGAAGCAUUAGCCAAGAAGUAUGAAGAGAAAUACAAGCAGGCUGGAGAUGUAGCCUCUAGAUUAACCAUUGAGGAGGCUACCUUUCGCGACAUUCAGGAGAAGAAAAUGGAAAUCUAUCGUGCAAUUGUUAAAAUUGAAGAAGGGGGGACUGCUGAGGGUGCACUUAAGGAGCGAGCCGACCAUAUCCAUUCUAGUCUAGAAGAACUAGUGAAGAGUUUGAAUGAACGCUGCAAACAAUAUGGAUUACGUUCUAAACCUAUGUCGCUGGUUGAACUUCCAUUUGGCUGGCAGCCUGGAAUACAAGAAGGAGCGGCUGAUUGGGAUGAAGACUGGGAUAAGUUUGAAGAUGAAGGAUUUCUGUUUGUCAAAGAACUGACUACAGAGGCGCAGAAUGUUGUGGCUCCUCCAAAACCAAAAUCCGUUCGAAAGGAGAAAACAACAGCCUCUGAAGGUGGUUUUAGCGUUUCUCCAUCAAAUGCUGAAGCCAAGUUGGAGAAGAUUUCUGGUGGUGGUGAAUCGGUUUCUGAUAAAGAAUCAGUAGCAAAUGGUCAAAGUGAGAAUGGUAAGGGUGCAAGAAGUCCUCCAGAGAGUCCAACUCGGAAGAGUGGAGCAGAAAACGAAACUCAUGAAGUCAAAGGGAGUGCUGGUGCUGACAGUUCACCCCAUGCUAGGGGAAUGCCAGCUGACGUGGCUGAUACUGCUAGUAUAUUUUCUGGUGACAAAAGUGUGGAUGAACCUGCUUGGGGUAGAUUUGACAGCCAUUAUGAUAGUGAAUCAAUUUGGGGGGCUGACUCUCUCAGUGGCAAGGAAGCCGAUCUUGAAAGCCAUGCAGACAGUUCUAUAUAUGACAUUGGUGACUUUGGUCUGAAUCCAAUAAAGACAGGAGCUGUCCAGGGGAAGAGCCCAUUCAUGUUUGAUUCUGUUCCUAGCUCCCCUGCUUAUAAUAACCAAGGGAAUUAUAACUCCUAUACUUUUGAUUCUGUUCCAAGCACUCCUGCUUAUAACCAAGGAAAGAGCUCGUUUGGGUUUGAUUCCGUACCUGGAACCCCUGCUUCAUAUAACCAAGGCAAGAGCUCGUUUGGGUUCGAUUCUGUGCCUGGAACCCCUGCAUACAACCAAGGGAAAAGCUCUAUCAUGUUCGAUUCAGUUCCUAGUACCCCUGCCCAUAAUCAGCACGGAAUGAGCUCAUUUGGGUUAGCUGAUUCUGUUCCAAGCACCCCUGCUUAUGACCUAGGGAGGAAAAGCGCAUUCUCCUCAUUUGCUGAUUCUGUCCCAGGCACACCCGUCAACAAUUUUGGGUCAGAAGAUCACUCCUUUGACAGCUUCUCCAGGUUCGAUUCGUUCAAUUUGAAUGAAAGUAGUAGCUCGUUCACAUCUUCAGCAGGCCCUUCUCUUGCAAGGUUUGAUUCAGUCAGAAGCACGAGAGACUCUGACCAAGGGUAUGGGUUACCAUCAAGGUUUGAUUCAUUCAGAGAAUCUGGGGACUCGGAUCUUGGCAAUGGGUUCUCGAGGUUCGAUUCGUUCAGGGACUCCGACCAGAGUCAAGGAUUCCCGUCGAGGUUUGAUUCAUUCAGGGACUCCGACCACAGCCAAGGAUUCCCGUCAAGGUACGACUCGUUCAAGGAUUCGGGGGAUUCUGAUCAAGGUCGAGGGUUUUCGAGGUUUGAUUCGUUUGGUGGUGGUCAUGACUCUGGGUUCGAUUCUGGGCAUGAGUCCAAGGACCAUGGUUUCUCAUCAUUCGAUUCAGAUCCAUUUGGGUCUAGUGGACCAUUUAGGUCGUCCUUGGAUGGUGGUUCGACACCGUCGAAAAGAAGUUCUGAUGAGUGGAAGGCCUUCUGAAGAGCAGAACGAACUUUGGAACAAGUCUGUGAAUUGGGUUUGCCGUGUGCUUGAUUGAGUUCGUUUCUUCUACCUUGCAUAUGCUGUUGUGUUAUACCAUAAUUGAAGGAACUACUUCUGGGUUUAUAUGCCAUAUUUGUUCCUGCUAGUAGUUGAUUGGAUUUUGCCGGAGCUAGAUUUUGAUGAGAUUGGUUAGUUCAGGAAAAAUUUCCCCUAUUCAUUCAGGAAAAAGAAAAGAAAAAGAAAAAGAGAAAACCUCCAAUCUUUUCCCCUUUCAUGUGUUGUCAUAUAUAAUGUUGUAAUCCAGAGUACGUGUGUAUGUAGCAAUUCUUCCCAAUGUAUUCCUCUCCUUUACCUUACAUUUGGACCUUGUAUCGAUUUGAUCCGAGUGAGAUUGGACCAUGUAUAAUCACCUCUAGAUCUUAUUAUUUCUCUACUACGUGAGAUUAUUUACAGCCAAAGUAGAAUGGUUGCUCUGCCAAACCUCAUCCCGACUUAGCCAAACAAGCAUAGAUUGCCAGUCAGGAUCAAUCUUCCUCUCCACCAUUUGUGAAACCAAACUCCCAGCUUUCUGAAAACUCCCCUUCUCACAAAGCACAUAGAUUACCUGACUAUAACUGCCAGCAUCAGGUGCAAAGCCUCGGUCAGCCAUGUCCCUGAGAAGCCUCAUGGCGCUAGCUUCCUUUCCCUGCCUACAGAGCUCGCAAAUCACAGCGUUAAAAGUUGACGCAACAGGGUAAUAAUCAUGUUCAAUCAUAGCAUUCAUGAUGUCAAAUGCCUUCUGCACAUUGCGCUCUUGGCAAAAUCCAUGGAUUAAGCAGUCAUACACAAGAGCACUACGCAACCCACAUUCAUUGACCAUUUGGUCAUAAACCAUCUUUGCAUCCUCGACUGCACCCUUUUCGCAAUACCGCAAUACCCUCAAGCUCUUUUCAACAGCUCUCGGAAACAGGCUCUCCAUCUUCACCAGGAACUCAAGAGCUUCAUCCCACAUAUCUUUCCUGUAAAACCCAUACAACACGCUGUUGUAAGGACUAAUUCGACCCCCACAACCUCCUUUGCUAUCUUCCAUCAGGUCAAAGAUCUUGAAACCAGCUUCGAGCCUCCCUUCAGAGAACAAACCUUUUAUAAGUUCAUCAAAUGUGUCAAGAUUCCAAUCGAUCCCGGCCACCUUCAUCUCGUUAAACAUGUCGAGGGCAGAAUCCAGCAUUUUACAAUCAAGAAAACCAGUGAUCAACAAGUUGUAGGUCUCAACAUUGGGAAGGCAACCCUUAAGUUCCAUCCCCUUUAAGAAUCCACAAGCUGCUUUCACUUUUCCAGAUUUGCAGAGGCCCUUAACCAAAGUGUUACACGCUACCAGAUCAACUGUGCCUCCUUUGGUCUCGAAUCUUUCCAAUAUGUCGGCAGCCUCAGCAAGACGACCACGAUUGCAGAGAAGUUCCACUGCCUUGGUGACUGCAACAAUGUCAGGUAUAAACCCCAAGCUGAAACUCCUCUCCAGCAACACAAGUGCCUGAACUAAGUUAUCCUCUUUGCAGUAGGCAGAUAUGAGAAGGUUGAAUGUCACAUCAUUGGGUUUCUCCAUCUCACUCAUCAGACUCCUGGCCCUCCCAACGUUACCAUUCUUGCAAAGGGCGUGAAGCAGAGUAUUGUAAACGACCGAGUUGGGAUUCGCACCAGCAGACUUGAUGAGCUGCAGAAGCUUGAAGCCAUCGCCAAUUCUAUUCGUCAAGCAAAGACCUUUCAUUAGAAUCCCGAAAGUGUAGUCAUCACCCUCGACUCCACGCUUCAUCAUAUUGUUCCUGUAGAACUUUCGAGCCAAAUCGAUGUCGUGCUUCACGAGGACAUCAAGCACGGAAUUGCAGAGCUUCAAAGAUGGGGGCUUGGCGUGAAGCUUGGAGGCCAAGUCGGGAACUUCGAUAACACGGUGGAUCUGGGCAGCCCGCCCAAGGCCUCGGGCGACUGUAAUGAAGAUGGAAUCGUCCGGGGGAGUGCCUAUGGAAGCAGGCAUUUCGUCGAGCAGUUGGUAGACAUCGUCGAAACGGCGGAAAGUGCAGAGCUUGUGGAUCAGGGCGCGAUAAGUGGCGAGGGAGUGAAUGAAACCGGGAAGCUUCGAGGCCCAUUGGAAUGUUUGGAGAGCUUGGGAUGGCGAUUUCUGGUUUAGAAUGAGGUCCGAUAAGUGUUCGUGACUGGGAAUGGAAAAGGAAGAACCAGAAUGGUUGGUUCGUCGGAGAAGGGCAAACGGUAGAGUGGCAGUUGUAUGCUUUGAAGACGCUGAUAAUAGAUUGUGCGUAUGGGCAGUGAUCGCCAUUGCACACCGCUUGGUUUAAUUUGGAGCAGAGGAGCUUGAUGGGCGUUGGGUUUGGUGCCUCUUUCUCUUUCGCUUCUGCUCCGUUUCAUCGUCGACACU